CUCUUCUUCUCUUCUUCCAUCCUCAGUCCAUCUUCCUUUCCCAUCAUCCAUCUCCUCACCUCCAUCUCAACUCCAUCACAUCACAAUGGCCGCCUCUCGUGUCUUCGCUCAGCGCCUGGCCUCGACCAUGAAGGUCGCUCGCCCUGCCGCCCGCAUCCAGGCCCGCACCCUCACCACCCAGCGCAUGGCCACCCCCUUCCAGACCAUCAAGCGCCAGCAACCCUCCAUGAUCCAGGCCUCCGCUCGCCAGGCCUUCGCUGCCCGCCGCCAGUACUCCUCUGAGAUCGCCGACGCCAUGGUCCAGGUCUCCCAGAACAUUGGUAUGGGCUCUGCUGCCAUCGGUCUUGGUGGUGCCGGUAUCGGUAUCGGUGUCGUCUUCGGUUCCCUCCUCCUUGCUGUGUCCCGCAACCCUGCUCUCCGUGGCCAGCUCUUCUCCUAUGCCAUUCUUGGUUUCGCCUUCGUCGAAGCCAUUGGUCUGUUCGACCUCAUGGUUGCCAUGAUGUGCAAGUACGUCUAAAUCAACAAUUAGCGGGGAUAGCGGUUUGAGCGUGUGAUUCUACGGGAACCCUCAAAUCCGUUAUUUGGCAAAAAUCACCACGACGAGAAGAAUGGGACAAAAACGAGACGAUUUCCGCCAAUAAUGAAACAAGACAAGAAUAUCGAGCUACGUUAGUGUAACAACAAUGGGAAAUGGAUUGGAUUUUUGGACUCCUUUUUUCUCGACAAUUUCUUCAUUUCGGUUGCAUCGCUAGCCGGUAGGAGGUAUUGGUAAUUGUGGUGGUCUUUUUAUUAUCAUGUACUACACUAUUCAUCAUUUUUCCUUUUUUCCCUUUGUUUCCGGCCAGCAAUACAUUGUACAUAUAGACCAUAAAAUGACCACUUCACGAGUGCCUCUACUCAACUGACUUGAAUCAACCCA